CUACAGUUUUCUCAGCAGACAAGAUUUGAAGAACUGCAGAAGCAUCUCUUGUUUGCAGGUUAAUACAGUGUAUCAAUUCAUAGUUCCUGUUCUUCAUCUGUAGGACACAUAAACAGGUUUAUCUUUGCUGGGCUCACAAGGGGUUUAAAUGAAAAAUCGGUAACCGGUUGGUUGCGAUGCAUUGGUCAGUCCCUCAUUAAGUAAUGUGAUUAGCAGUCAGUGGGUGGAUGUAACGAACAUGACGUCAACAAUGGAGACUGCCCUAAUCUGCAAAACACAGAUUUCAUAGUUUUCAAGUUUUCUCCUAAUGUUUUUCCUCUAGUUAGAGCUUUUGAUCGAUAAAUGCAUUGAGUUCUUUCACUUUUAUUGUGUGGAAAAGAGAAAGCCACAGCCAUCUGCCUCUCAGUGUAGAUGGCCACAUCUUAAUCCAGAUUAUGGCUGCAGCAUAAACGUGUUGUUUUUUUUUUUUUUCUGGCCGCCAUUACUAGUCAACGGUGUGUCCUUGAUAACAGACAGGCAGGUCGGUUAGCCUAGCUCCAAUUAGACCACCAGCAAACCAUCUGAGGGACUUCUGUGGACUUUCACCUAAAGAUUUCAGGAAAUCGCAACUUGACGUCAACCUUGAGACUCCAUCGGGGGGUGGAGAAAUGGCAUUUCUAAUCAAAAGUAUGGUGGGGAAUCCACUGAAGGGAAUGGGAUUUGGAGGAGGAGAGGAAAAGGCUGAGGCAGAAACCCCCAAGGACCCUGCAGCGGCCGCCGGUAUGACUAGAGAAGAAUAUGAGGAGUACCAGAAACAGCUAGUGGAGGAGAAAAUGGAAAGAGAUGCAGACUUCUUGCACAAGAAAGCAGAAAGGGCGACUCUGAGGGUUUGUCUACGAGAAAAAUACAGACUUCCUAAAAGUGAGCAGGACGAGAACAUGAUCCAGAUAGCAGGAGAUGACGUGGACGUUCCCGAGGAGCUGCUGAAGAUGGUGGAUGAGGAUGCCACGGAGGAGGAGGAGAAGGACUCCAUCCUGGGGCAGAUGCAGAACUUACAGAACAUGGACAUGGAUCAGAUAAAAGAGAAAGCCAGUGCUACACUGACAGAGAUGAAGUCCAAAGCAGAGGAGAAGUGUUCUAUCAUGUAGCGGUUUAGCAAAUUCACACAUUUCUACAAACAGGUUGGGUUUUUGAAAUACAGUUUUGAAAAACUUUUUUUGACAUGUCUUCAAAUGAAAUUUCAUAUGAAAGCAUGUCAGAAGAAGUCACUCAAGUUCUAGGUUCCCAAAAGCUGCAAGAUUCUGGCUCUAGAUCAGCCUUUCAGCUUCUCUUGCUUGGCUCCCAAAUGAUGUUGUAGUCUAUUCCCUCAUUUUCCUUUUUUUUCUUUUUCUUUUUUUUUUUUUCUUUUUUUUGUUGUUGUUGUUGUUGUUGUUGAAAUUUUACAUGUAAAUAUAUCUAACAAACAUCUAACUUGAACCUGAGGUGGAGAAGCUACGUUUAAAUCCCCCUCCUGCUUUUUUGCACAAGGUAUGAGACAAAUGUUAUGCUGUUAUUUCUUGUUCUUUUUGUUUUUCUCUGUCUCUUUUUUUGACCGUCUAGCAUUGACACAUAUGAUAUUGUCAUACUCAUUAGGAUUCUUUAGUCAUAUGUAUUAAGUUUUUAUGUGAAGUAAAUAGGCAUCGGAUUGUAAACAGAUUAAACACAUGAAUAAAUGCAUUUGUGAUCAAAAUAAGUACAUGUCUGUGAGAUUUUCGUGGCCAUAACAACUUAUUGUGUCAAUAUUUUAUACCAUGUAGCUGUAUAUUUACAAGAAAACAACUAAAUCCGGUAAAAAGGGUCUGAAAAACAUUUUAUUUAGCUACUCAGAUGAAAAGAUGUUACCACAUGACUAGACAGGAGAAAAAU